UUCUUGGCAACUCUGGACCGGUCAAAGAUUAAAGAAACAUUGUUCGGUUGUAUGUGGUAAAUUGUUAGUUGUUGUUAAUCACUGGUUUCGUGUGGAUGUCGAGAUGCAAGUCAAAACAAUGCUACUGUUCUGCGUAUUGCUCAUCAUUGGCACGGGCGUUGCAGAUGAUCUGCACCCCCUCUCAGACGAAUUUAUCAACAAGCUCAACCGCCAGCAAUCCACAUGGACAGCAGGUCGGAACUUUCCUGCUAACAUGCCGAUGAAGUACUUCAGAGGUCUAAUGGGUGUUCUACCUGGCGACAGCAACUACAAGCCACCGGUGCACAUUCACACUUUGGAAGGUGUUGAAAUACCGUCGUCUUUCGACUCACGUGAACAAUGGCCUGAUUGUCCCACGAUCAGAGAAAUCCGGGAUCAGGGUUCUUGUGGCUCAUGUUGGGCCUUUGGAGCCGUUGAGGUGAUGUCCGACCGAGUGUGCAUUCACUCGAAGGGAAAAACACACUUUCGAAUUUCGGCUGACGAUUUGGUGUCUUGUUGUUACACUUGCGGCUUGGGGUGCAAUGGGGGCUUCCCCGGCGCCGCCUUUCACUACUGGGUUAGGAAAGGUAUUGUGUCGGGUGGUCCAUAUGGAUCCGACCAAGGUUGCCGUCCAUACGAAAUAGCUCCUUGCGAACACCAUGUGAACGGCACCAGACCUGCAUGCACAGGGGACGACAAUAAGACUCCCAAAUGCGUGCAGGAGUGCGAAAAGGGUUACAACGUUCCCUAUGAAAAGGACAGGAACUUUGGAUCAAAAGCGUAUUCGGUGUCCAGUCGGGUUGAACAGAUCCAGACGGAAAUCUCCACCAAUGGUCCCGUUGAGGGAGCGUUUACAGUGUAUGCAGAUUUCCUAAACUACAAACAUGGCGUUUACCAACAUACCAGUGGCGCGAUGUUGGGCGGACAUGCUAUAAGAAUUUUGGGCUGGGGUGUGGAAAACGGGACACCGUAUUGGCUGGUCGCCAAUUCGUGGAACGCUGAUUGGGGCGACAAUGGUACCUUCAAAAUACUGAGAGGCGAAGACCAUGUGGGAAUUGAGAGCGGAAUUGUGGCAGGUCUGCCAAAGGCCUAAUUUCGACUAGAUUUUAGAUAUCAUCGUAUAUUUUUAUUAUUUCCCAGAAUAUGUCGCUAUUGAUUAGAAAGCCAUUAUUGUUAUUAGACAAAUUCAAGAACGAAA